AUGCGCUGGCUGCCCGCUUUCCUGACGGCCUCGCUGGCCUUUGCCGGCGGGUCGCUGGCAGCAAAGAAGACGACCGAGGAGCGCUUCAACUCCUUCCACGCCAAAUCCAUUGCUUCCUCAUCCGCCGCCCCGAUCAAGCUCAGCGAUGCUUCCUACCGAGAACUCACCGGUCAACCCCGCGAUUACACCGCCGCCGUGGUCCUGACCGCCAUGGACUCCCGCUUCAACUGCCAGCUCUGCCGCGAGUUCCAGCCUGAGUGGGAUCUACUUGCGCGCAGCUGGGUCAAGGGUGACAAGGCUGGUGAAUCGAGGGUUCUGUUUGGUACUCUGGACUUUGCCGACGGGAGAGAGAUUUUCAUGAGUCUCGGCCUCCAAACCGCCCCCGUCCUCCUCCUCUUCCCACCCACCGUCGGUCCCCACGCCGUCGCCAACAGCGAGCCCCUCCGUUAUGACUUUUCCAACGGCCCUCAAAUCGCCGAAGUAGUCCACACCUGGAUCGCCCGCCACCUCCCCGACCGCCCACACCCCCCCGUCAAAAGACCAAUCAACUGGAUGCGCUGGAUUUCCACCACGGUCCUCACCCUCGGCAGCCUGACAGCCUCGUACGUCGCCUGGCCUUACAUUGUGCCCGUGCUCCAAUCCCGCAACAUCUGGGCCGCCGUCACGCUCAUCUCUAUUCUUCUGUUCACCUCGGGCCACAUGUACAACCACAUCCGCAAGGUCCCGUACGUUGCUUCGGAUGGCAAGGGGGGUAUCAGCUACUUUGCCUCUGGGUUCCAGAGCCAGUACGGGUUGGAGACGCAGAUUGUUGCCGCUCUUUAUGGUUUGUUGUCUCUGGCGGGCAUCUCCCUUGCGAUCAAGGUGCCGAGAAUUGGGGACUCCAAGACGCAGGGGGUUGCGGUGCUGGCGUGGGGUGGGGUGUUCUUUUUCACGUAUGCGUUUUUGCUGAGCGUGUUUCGGGGGAAGAACCCGGGGUAUCCUUUUAGGCUGCCUCCUUUUGUUUAA